AUGGCAACCUCAGUCCAGACUCUUCCUCUGACCCGUGGCCCCAGUAAAAACUUCCGAAACCCCUUCCCAGCCCAGCCCCUCUCCUCCCGUUGCGGCAUGGGAAGCGUAGGUAGUUUGGUGGAACGGCCAGAUGUUUCACCGACUAAAGGCAGCCGUGCAGUGCCUCAGGUGAGACCCAAGCAGAGCAACGGGCUCCUGAAGAAGGGCUUCACCCAGAGAGAACUGCUCAACUACCUCAACAUCACCAGAAAAGAGCCUAAAGGAAGUGUGAACAGUGACGGUAAGAAGGACGUAAUCUCUGGUCUCAGCGCUCAUGAUGACGACACUGUAUAUGCCAAAGUCUACAAUAAAGACGGCACUGAAGUGGAUUUGACAAAAAACUCAUUGCCAAGCGCGGGCAAAUACGAAAAGGCUCGUUUCAGGUCUUCAGCCUUCAAGCCUGUCACCCCCAAAAACUUCAGCUCAAUGCAAAACCUCUAUCCGUCGUCCAAGUUGGACGAUGCAGACCACGGUCUUUCCAAUGGGCUUCACAGAGCCUUCGCCCAUGUCCCUAAAGCUGUCUCCACCUCCUCUUCCUCCUCCUCACCUUCACGUCAUGGAGGACCAUCCUCAAGUGGUAACAAGGCUCUGUCUUCAGUACGUGGGAUCAGCCAGGAGGAUGAUAACCUGUCAGACUCAGGCCAUAACUCCAUGAGCAGCCUGCCGCCGUACCGGCCGCCCUUCCGCCCACAUCUGUCUCACAUCAGUGCAUCUAUGGGCCACAUUAACACCAUCGGCUCCCUGGACCGCACCACGCUGAGUCCAAAGGCGGUAGGGGCAGGGGGCGUGACCAUAGGGGAGAUGGCAUGUCGGAGCAUGGCGACCCUCAGUCGCCUGGCCCCGCAUGGUGGAGAAGCUCCGCCCCCUUAUGAAUGGACCCUUUCCAUAUCUGUGGAGGAAGUUGUGCGGGAUCUGGAGGAGCGUCUGGUGGAGAAGGAACAUGAGCUCAAACAGAUGAAAAGGAAUCUGGAUGAGAGCGAGGGCGCCAUCGUUCAGGUGUUCGAGGGGAAACAGCGUCUGUGGGAGAAGGAAGUGGAGGAGCUGAAGCGUCUGUACGCCACCAAGCUGCGUCAAGUCUCCCAGCAUGCUCAGCGGUCUCAGCGGAGCCUGCAGCUGCAGCUGUAUAAGGCCCAGCAGGAAAAGAGCCGACUGGAAGAGGAGCUGGAGAACCUGAAGAGGGAAAGGAGCCAAGAGGCCGGGACCAGGACAAAGAGGACCAGUCCGACUCUGGAGGAGACGCAGUGGGAGGUUUGUCAGAAGUCGGGGGAAAUCUCCUUGUUGAAACAGCAGCUUCGGGACUCUCAAGCCGAGGUGACCCAGAAGCUCAGCGAGAUCUUCCAGCUCAAGACCCAGCUCAGGGAGACUCGCACUGAGCUCCGCAACAGAGAGAACCAGAUAGAUGCACUGAAGCUGGUCCUGCAGGGGACGCAGCGGCGCAGAUGCCCCUCUCAGACGGGUCGGGAGGACGGAAAAGGAGCCGAGGAGAGUUCUUCAACUGGGGCAACAGGAGGCUGCGGGGGCCCCACGGAGGAGCGACUGCGAGCGGAGCUGCUGCUGGAGCGACGCCAGAGCGAGGCCCAGGCCACGGCUUUCGAGGAAGAGAGGCAGACAUGGCAGACAGAAAAGGACAAGGUCAUCCGCUACCAGAAGGAGCUGCAGGCCAGCUACUUAGACAUGUACCACCGCAAUGAGACGCUGGAGAGGGAGCUGCUGCAGCUGAGGGCAAGCCGAGAGCAAGAAAGAGGAGCAGGAGGAGGUGAAGGAGGCGAAGGAGGAAGCAGAAGUGGGACGUUGGAAAGGGAAGUGCCAGAGCUGAGGAGUGAGAGAACAGGGGGAAGUCCAAAGGAUAGACCUGGAUCUGGUUUGCCGUGGAUAGACAGGAUCGAAUCAUCUGAGAUUUGAAUGUGAUAGACUUGUUUGCAAUGCAAAAUGUUUUCUCCCUCUGGUUCCUAUGCGAGGUAACGUUUGCCAGGAAAAAAACAUUUAACAGAAGAUACAAUACUUAAAUAGUUCAGAUAAAACACUUUCCAUUUAAGUCAAAUCAUUUUCAGUAUCUGCAGUUGUGUCUAUUUUUAUUAUUUAUUCACACAUUUUGUGUCUUGUAUUCUUUUCCUGGCUGAAUAUACUUCCACAGACUUCCAUACUUAGACUAUUUACCGGCCCAUGUUUCUCUGCAGAAACUGAAACAACUUCCUACAAAAUCCCAUUAGCUGCAUCACAAUACUCUGCUUCUGAAGAGUCAUUUCUGUAUAAUAUGCAGCUAAACUUCCCCCAAACACCGAGACUGUCCCGCUUGUUCAAACAUGAACCUGUAAAUGAUGCUCUGGUACUAUUUUGUGUUCAUUUGGUAGUUACUUUUAGGUUUGGAGCGCUGUAUAGUUGUGACAGUAACCAAAGGGUUCAAAGGGAUUUAAUGUGGCCCUGUAACAUAUUAGCACCUGUUCAGGCUGUGCAGACGGUUUCUGUGAUCCAGAGUCCACCUGGGCUCUGGGAGGAAAGCUGUAUCUCUGGUUUAAGUACGGAGGAUUAAAGCUGUCUGGUGCCAAGAUACUAAUGCGGUUUCUUAGCCAAGAGGAAAACUGUGUAACCGACUGAAGGAACUGGAAAUUUGACUUAUUUUUGUCAUGCAGCUGAGAUCAAUAUAUUUUGUACAUGGUUGUUUUAAAGAUUUCUUGGCCUUUUUUUUUGUUUCCUAAGCACACAGUUGUCUUAAAGGGGCGUACUUGUCUCCGUCUUUAAAUGCGAUCAUUAGAUGAGGAUGGUUAAUAUGGUUGCCCUGCUUAUUGGUACAAUUUGUUGCACAGACCCAGCCAAUAACAACGAAUGCAUGACAAAGGUAAAACUUGUAUUGUAUUAAACCAGCUAUGAGUUGACCUUUCAACUUACUGUGACUGUUGUCUAUUUACUGGUAAAAAAAAAAAAAAAAAAAAAAGAAAGAAACUGUACAGUAUAAAUACGAGGUAUAUAUGUGUUGUUUUGGAUUCAUAAUAAACAUUUAUGAACAGUUA